UCUUUUGAGGGUCACUUCUCACCAUCCAAAAUCCUUGCUUCAAUCCAACUCAUUGUAUCUAAAAAUCCCCCUCUCUUCAUUCUCCCCCAAAUUCACCAAACCCCAUUAAAAAAAGCCCUAAAUUACCAUCAAGAUUUAAUCUUUUCAAUCUUCCCUUAAACCCCAAGUCAUAAUAUUCAAGAAAUUGAAUUAAAAUCCAAUCUUUACAUCAAAGAUUUGAUCUUUUCAAUCUUCCCUUAGAACCCAAGUCAUAAUAUUCUAGAAAUUGCAUAAAAAUCCAAUCUUUUUUGGUAAAAUGACAGAAAUACUCCAAUCCCCACUUCAGAUAUCUUCUUCUCAAAGCUCUUUGAUAUCAGUAGAUGACAAUGAUGGGCUACUUCAACAAACAAAUCAUUAUUUUUCCCCUCCAACAUCUUCUUCCCUUAUUAACCCUUGUUCAAACUUGUAUUCUGUGGCUGUAUCUAUAUGCAAUACUACUGAGGAGAGAGAGAGGAGAAAGAGGAGAGAGAGGGAAGAAGAGGAGAGAGAAGCUUCCUUUCUGGCUGUUGUGGUGACUGUUUUUAGAAAAUCUUUUGUGGGUUCUUGUAAUAGUGUCAAGUUUCAAGAUUUUUCUUGUGAGAAUAGUAAUAAUAAUAAUAAGAAGUCUUCUAAAAUGGAGAUUGGUGUGCCUACUGAUGUUAGGCAUGUGGCUCAUGUUACUUUUGAUAGGUUUAAUGGGUUUCUUGGUUUGCCUGUUGAGUUUGAACCUGAGGUUCCUAGAAGACCUCCAAGUGCCAGUACAAGCGUUUUCGGGGUAUCAACCGAAUCUAUGCAGCUCUCAUUCGACUCUAGAGGAAACAGUGUGCCCACAAUUCUUUUAAUGAUGCAGAGACGUUUGUACGCUCAAGGUGGCCUUCAGGCAGAAGGAAUCUUUAGAGUCAAUGGUGAUAAUGGACAAGAAGAGCAAAUAAGGGAACAAUUAAAUAGAGGAGAGGUGCCCGAGAACAUCGAUGUUCACAGCUUGGCAGGUCUAAUCAAGGCUUGGUUUCGGGAACUUCCGAAUGGCGUAUUGGACUCGCUUGAGCCCGAGCAGGUGAUGCAAGCCCAAUCAGAAGAAGAGUGUGCUCGGCUCGUGAGGCUGCUUCCACCAACCGAAGCUUCUUUGAUGAAUUGGGCCGUAAAUCUAAUGGCUGAUGUUGCUCAACUUGAACAUCUCAAUAAGAUGAAUGCUCGUAAUAUUGCUAUGGUGUUUGCACCGAACAUGACUCAGAUGACUGAUCCUUUGACUGCAUUGAUGUAUGCGGUCCAAGUUAUGAACUUUCUCAAGACGUUGAUCGUCAAGACUCUAAGGGAAAGAGAAGACGUAAUAGUUGAGGCGGGACCCGCCUUAGGGUUUGAUCAUUUCGAUGAAAACAACGGGCCCCACUGUUCUUUUAGAACAACGGUUGACGAGACCAAUGAGGUGGAAAACGAGGAUCAAGAUUUUUCAGUCAAAGAGCCCACCUUGGAAAGCCAUUUAAAUCGUUCUCCCGAUGAUUUGACCCCCAAAAGUCAAAGUCAAAGUCAAACUACCGUGGUGGAAGAGGAAAGUGGUCUUACGUCGGUUGAAGGUGGUGGUGGUGGUGCUAGGUUGUUAGAAGUUGCUAAGAACAGAAAGCCGCAGUCGAGCAACUCGAAUCAUAAGAAGAGUUUGAGAAAAAGUGUAGAGAAGAGCAAAGGAAGCACGAUUGUGAGCCGGUUGAAUUCAAGAACCGAGAGGAUUGAAGCGUGGCGGUGAAGUGGUUGGCGGUGGUGGACAGGGGUGGUGGUUGUGGUGGGAUGGUAUCUAUUUGACCUGUGGUCAUAAAGAAGUGUUUAACUUUAUGUAAUGUGGUUUGGACAUGUAAUUUGGUAUAUGCUAUGCAUACCAAUGGUUUGUUUUUAUGUUUUAUGUCCAUUUUGGGUUGAUGUUAUCACUCUUGGUUUUUUUGAUGGUUUGGUUCAUAUUAGGGUUCUUCGUUGACUAAUCAUCCGUUUGACCUAAGACUGUUUGUAUAGUAGAAGUUUGACUUUAAGUUUUAAAUAAUUCGGUGUGUUGACUUCUGAUUUCA